AUGCCUGAAACAAACCCCUCAUUCGUCCUCCGCGCCGUCAAAGAGGUCACGUUCGAAGACCGAGAAAUCCCACCCCUAAAAGACCCAUGGGAUGUCCGCGUGCAAAUCGCCCAGACUGGGAUUUGCGGAAGCGAUGUGCAUUAUUGGCAGAGGGGACGGAUCGGAGACUUCAUCCUCGAGUCCCCAAUUGUCCUUGGCCACGAGAGCUCCGGUAUAGUGACGGAAGUCGGACCCGCGGUUAAGAAUUUGAAGGUUGGGCAGAAGGUUGCAGUUGAACCCGGGGUUCCUUGCAGACACUGCGACUACUGCCGCUCGGGCUCGUACAACCUCUGCCCGGACACCGUCUUCGCCGCGACACCGCCGCACGACGGGACGUUAUCAAAGUACUACACCACACAGGCGGACUACUGCUACCCAUUGCCAUACCACAUGGACCUAGAAGAGGGGGCCAUGGUCGAACCAGUCGCAGUGGCUGUGCAAAUCACAAAAGUCGGCAAUGUCCGGCCUAAUCAAACAGUCGUUGUCUUUGGCUGCGGACCCAUCGGGCUGCUUUGCCAGGCCGUGAGCAAAGCAUACGCGUGCAAGAAGGUAAUCGGCGUGGACAUUAGCCAGUCCCGGCUGGACUUCGCGCAGUCUUUCGGGGCUGACGGGGUGUUCCUCCCUCCACCUAAGCCAGAGGGCGUCGAAGAGACAGAGUGGAGCGAGAAGGUUGCUAGCAUGAUUAAAGAGAAAUUCGGGCUCGGCGAGGGGCCCGACGUUGUCCUUGAAGCGACGGGUGCACAGGCCUGUAUCCAGACCGGUAUUCACCUUGUGAAAAAGGGUGGGAUGUAUGUUCAAGCCGGGAUGGGGAAGGAGAAUGUUGUCUUCCCGAUUACGACGGCCUGUAUUCGGGAUUUGACGAUUCGGGGCAGUAUACGGUAUAGCACGGGGUGUUAUCCUGUUGCAGUGGAUUUGAUUUCGAGCGGGAAGAUCGAUGUGAAGAAGCUGAUCACGAAUCGGUUUGCCUUUGAGCAGGCGGAGGAGGCGUUUGAGCUUGUACGGCAGGGGAGGGAGAGUGUGAUUAAGGUUGUUAUUGCCGGGUAUCAGCAUAAGCAGUAG